GCCAAAAGCGUUCCCUACGCAUUGAACUCAAGUCACGCAACCCCUCUUUGAUCUCCGUCUAAAGAACUGUCGUUUUGCUCUCUCUGAAACUUCGUUCCCAGUACGCGAAAAUGCACGGUCGGCCUCGCACAGCCCCAAAGCCAGAGGACUCAGCGGAUUCGGCAGCCAAAGCCGAAAAGCUACGCUCUCUCCAAUCUCAGUUCCUCUCUAACCACCACAACAAGAUUUAUACGAAGGAAGCUCUAGAGGUCAACGCGAAGCUCCUCGAGAUCAAUCCCGAGCACUACACGGCUUGGAAUUAUAGGAAGCUCACCGUCGAGCAUCGUCUGAGUGAGUCCGAGCCUGAUCCUGACUCGGUCAAGUCGAUUCUCAGAGAAGAACUCAGAGUGGUAGAGAGCGCGUUGAAGCAGAAUUAUAAGUCGUACGGAGCGUGGCAUCAUCGAAAAUGGGUGCUAAACAAGGGGCAUUCAUCUAUAGAUCACGAAAUGGGGCUCCUGGACCGGUUCCAGAAGGUCGAUCCUCGGAACUUUCAUGCUUGGAAUUACCGGAGAUUUGUGGCAGCAUUGAUGAACAGAUCAGAGGUAGACGAAUUACAGUAUACAACAGAUAUGAUAAACACCAAUUUCAGCAAUUAUUCUGCGUGGCACAAUCGUAGUAUACUUCUGUCUAACUUGCUGAAAACAAAGGUUGAAGGGUUUUUCCCAAAAGAGAAGGUCUUGAACGAGGAGUAUGAGCUUGUACACCAAGCACUUUUUACAGACCCAGAUGAUCAAAGUGGUUGGUUCUAUCAUCUUUGGCUUCUUGAUCAAACAGUGAAAGCUGAUGCUCCUGUACUUAUUUCUUCUUGGCCUGCUCAUGAUUCCAAUCUCAUUCUAUCGGGAGAUAGGUGCCUGGAUGACUGUUAUUUGUCUGCAUUCAAUACUUUCCAUUCUGAUUCUGGAAAAAUUCCACUCAUUCUUUAUUUUAAUCAAGCUGUUGAAGGUGUAAAUUCAUCUACAAUAUCAGUUGAAUCUGUGUUUAACACAAAAGGAGAACUUAGUUGGAAACCACUUUCAACAAAUAAUUCUGAGACAGCCCAAGUUUGGGUUACUCACCUCAAUUAUCCUGAAGAAAAGCUCCAUUCUUCAGAAGCCUAUCCAGUAGAGGUUAGAGUUGGACAUUCUCAAGGCAUCAUUUCUUCAAGUGGUUUUCGCUAUAACCAACCUUCUAGGUUUGCCUUUAAAGUGUUUGUACGGUCUGUUGAAAAAGACCCAGCUGUGCAUGAUGGAGAGAUGAUUUCAUGGGGAGAUGAAAAUUUUCUUUUAUAUGAAGCACCUCCUCAGGAAUCAAAUCCACUUGUUUCUUUAGAUCAGCUAAAUAUUAAGGAUUACCAUGAGCAAACAUCUUCAAUGUGGCGUGCAGAGACUAUAGCAAAUGAAAUAGCUCUCUUCCGGGAAUUGUUGUCGGUGAUUAGCUGUAAAAUUGGAAAGCUUACACUUGCAAGAUUGUUGGUGGCUCAUGACACGUUGCUGUCUCCAUGUGCUAAGAAAAUGGUCCAUUCUGAAGAAGUUAUCAAACUUUAUAGUGACUUAAUGAAGUUGGAUCCACCACAUUUCCAAUACUACAAGGACGAGUACAGCUUAGUUUUAUUGCAGCAGCUAACUUUCAGUAGGGAGUCUUUGCUGAGAUACUGCUUUCGUCAUAGAGAUGGGGCUUCAUCAUUUAUUAGUAAUUCUAUCUGUUUACGACUGAAUAACUUAUCAUUAUCGCGGAUGGGGUCUAUUGAGAGGUUAUUGUGGGUCCAAAUGCUAGACUUGAGCCACAAUGAACUUCAAUCAAUUGAAGGAUUGGAGGCUAUGCAGCUUCUUUCUUGCUUAAAUCUGAGUGACAAUAAACUCAGUAGUUUCACAGCUCUGGGACCCUUGAUACUGCUGAAGUCACUUAAAGCGUUGGAUGUUUCACGCAAUGAGAUAGGUUUACACUCGAUUGAUACAACAAGGUAUCUGUGUUCUUCUCCUUUGUCUCAUACAGAAGAAAUUGAUUGGAAUCGUGAUGAAAUAGUGACUGGUGAUGUCAACCUGAGAAAUUAUUGGGAGGCUUUUCUAAUAUUUAGAGGCUUGCACUUGACACAGUUAGAUAUUGUUGGGAAUGCAAUUGCUGAUGAAAAAUUUAAGUCAUUUUUGGUCAAGAUUGUGCCUACACUCAAGUGGCUGGAUGGUGGAGAACUGCAUUAACCUUAAAUUUGUUAUUUUUUUUCCUGCUUUCUCCUUUUUAAGUUUUAGACAAGGAGGCAUAUGAUAUAGGAACUUAUUGGAGAAUCGUCUACUUUGAUUUGCUGAUCUUGGACCCGAGGCAUUCUUUUUCCAGUUAUGUUAGCUUGUAUGGUGAAAAUUGAUUUAAGCGAUAUGACAAUUUUAAUCUGUUUGCAAGCU